CUAGUCAAGGCUAGGAAUAUGAUAAUCCAAGCUGUGCUGUUUGUCUUAUCUUAUUCGCACAUUGUGGGAAAACAGGUGCAGAGGUUUAAAAAAAAAAAGAGUCUUGCUGCCUAAGACUCUAAAUGAUAAAAUUAUUUACAAAACUAGGCAGUUUUGUAGGAGUUUAGUGCAGACAUUACAGCUUUAUCAAAAAGAAAUUUGCAGACAUUUGGAAAAAGCUCAAAAUUAUAGUAAAUCCCAAACAUUUGCAAUGACAAUUUAAACUUAAAAGCAUCAGUUUUCAGUGAAGUGUUGUUGCUGCAUGUUUGAAUCAGGGAGCUGUUUAUACAUUGUGAUACUAUUGGUCUUCCAAGGCCAAGGAAAAGUUAUUUCAACAAUUCUCCAAACAGGUCCAUCUCAUUGGCUUCUUCUCUACUGGAAACACACUGAUAGCAUAAACCCAAAUAGUUUCAUGAUUCAUUCAUAGUAGGAUUGUUAGGAAGGAGAAGAAUAGACAGCAAAAUAAGCGAACAAGCAUAUUCUAGUCACAUUGGAGAAACUGACAGAUUGUUCAGAGUGUUCACACAGAGAUACAGAAAAAUCUGGAUUUAUUAUUUUGGAUGAUGAAUCCCACUAUAAUAAUUUGCAGCAUUGUCUUUUCAACAGCAUGGAUUUACCUUCACUGCCAGGCCUGCCAGGGAGAUCUGCCCCAGGAAGUGGUGCUGGACUGGUUGAAGAGACGCAUUCUGGAGGAACUAGGGCUUGACAAGCCCCCUGUGCCGACUCUACAGAGUCUAUCUGGACAGAGGGUGCAUGUGGCAGCACAGCACAGAGCUUGGCGAGUACGCAGGGAGGCUCGGCUGGACAGGAGGCAACAUCAGGAGAUUUCCCAAGUCAUUCUGUUCCCCAGAUCUGACAGGACCUGCCUGGACACAGUCUCAAUCUCUUCUGAGGACACUCCCAGCCACUUUACCUAUUACUUCCAGCCAUCUCUGGACAAUCAGGAGUCCCUUAUCACCUCAGUGGACUUCUGGUUCUAUGCUGGAGAAAUCACUGCAGUAAAUACCACCUCUGUGUCACUUUAUAUUCUUACGACUCACCAGGAGCUAAUGCAGUUAGCUCACAGGCCAUCUAAAUGCAGUCCAGAUGGCUGGAGCACCUACAGACUUAAGCGCCACUUCCACAGUGCUAUAGCCAAUGGGCCAUUCCUGCUGCAGGUACGAUGCCUAGUAUGUGGCUGUUACGCCUCAGAGGAGGACAAAACCCCUUUCCUGCAUGUUAAUGUUAGGCCACAUGGGCCUGAGCGUGCCCGAAGAGCACCCAGCAUUGUCUGGUCACCAGCUGUCAUUGAGAAGCUCCAGAGGCCCUCACCUGAAAAAGAUGACACUUAUUGCAGGAGAGAGCAGAUAGAGAUCUCUUUUGCAGAGCUGGGCUGGGACAACUGGAUUGUCCACCCAAAGACUUUCAGUUUUUACUACUGCCAUGGGAACUGCUCAAGCCCUGAGUUCACAGCGACAGUUCUAGGUAUUCGCCAGUGCUGUGCACCUGUGCCUGAGAGCAUGAGGUCACUACGUUUCACCACCACCUCAGAUGGUGGAUUCUCAUUCAAAUAUGAGACACUGCCCAAUAUCAUACCUGAGGAGUGUAACUGCAUUUGAUGCAUUUGUUCAGGGUCAUGCAGUUGAACUUUCAAAAACUUGUAAUAUAAAUGCAUUUGUAAGAUAAAGUUUGAUGCCGUUUGAACUACAGAUACUUUUCAGAUCUGUUGUUUAUAGACCUGCUUUCAGUUUUUGAUAAUCACGUAACUUGGUUGCAAAACAUUUUAUUUUAAUUCAGUAAACUGCACCUGUGAGAAAAAAAGAUUGUAGUUUUGUAUUGUCAUUAAAUGAUUUGGAAACCCAGCUGUUCCUAUAUUCUGUACCCUUGGAGCAUGA